CAGAAUUACAGCUCUCCGCCGUAUCUUGAGGCUCGUCUUAAGAAGGGAGCGCAGCAAGCAAAGCGCGCGCGCGCCGCUUCCAACUAGGCUCGGAAGAUUCGGCGCGGCGGCUGCCGUUGCAUCAAGUUUCCAUCGCACCGCGCGCACCUCUUGGACGGGGCCCGGACCUAGGCGCAGCCGACGACCAGAACCGGUGCGCGGUGUCGCGAUGUCACAAUGAGGCGCAGGCCGCAGGCUCUCUCCCGCCCCUUUGAUGGCGCCUGCUUCCGUUUGGUUACCAAGGAGAAGGAUACACAUCGCAGCCCAAACUGAAAAGGCUCCGAGGGCAAGGCAGCGCUGCUAACUGCAGGAGCCUUGUUAAAGUUUGGUCCGGGGGCGCUACCCACAUCUUAGGAGGAAAGAGCCGUAGGGAAAGACCGCGGCGAAAGAUCCUAACAACACCGCGAAAGCCGGCACCCCAAACCGUACUUGGGGGAACUCUCAGCAGGAAGGAUGAGUCAGAGGCAGGUCCUGCAAGUCUUUGAGCAAUAUCAAAGAGCCAGAACACAAUUUGUCCAGACAGUUGCAGAACUUGCUACUAGGCCCCAAAAUAUAGAGACUCUCCAGAAUGCAGGUGUAAUGGCUCUGUUGAGACCACUCCUAUUGGACGUGGUUCCAAAUAUUCAACAGACAGCUGCUCUGGCCCUUGGGAGACUUGCCAAUUACAACGAUGAUCUAGCAGAAGCUGUAGUUAAAGGCGAUAUUCUUCCCCAACUUGUGUAUUCAUUGGCUGAACAAAAUCGUUUUUAUAAGAAAGCGGCCGCAUUUGUAUUACGUGCAGUUGGAAAGCAUUCUCCUCAGCUUGCCCAGGCAAUCGUGGAUUGUGGAGCUUUGGAUACACUGGUAAUUUGCUUAGAAGAUUUUGAUCCUGGGGUGAAAGAAGCUGCAUCCUGGGCCCUUGGUUAUAUAGCAAGACAUAAUUCAGAACUGUCACAGUCUGUGGUGGACGCUGGAGCUAUUCCUCUUUUAGUCCUAUGUAUCCAAGAGCCAGAGAUUGCUUUAAGAAGGAUUGCUGCUUCAGCACUGAGUGAUGUUUCAAAGCAUUCUCCAGAGUUAGCGCAGACUGUCGUUGAUGCUGGGGCCAUUGCUCACUUGGCACAGAUGAUACUCAACCCUGAUGCCAAAUUAAAGCGUCAGGUGCUUUCAGCUCUUAGCCAGAUAGCAAAGCACUCUGUGGAUCUGGCAGAAAUGGUGGUUGAAGCAGAAAUUUUUCCUGUUGUACUCACAUGCCUCAAGGAUUCUGAUGAAUAUGUCAAGAAAAAUGCUGCAACUCUAAUUAGAGAGAUAGCAAGACAUACUCCCGAGCUUUCACAACUUAUUGUAAAUGCUGGAGGAGUAGCUGCCAUCAUCGACUGCAUUGGUAGCUGCAAAGGAAAUGUUAGACUCCCGGGUAUUAUGAUGUUGGGCUAUGUAGCUGCUCACUCGGAAAAUUUGGCCAUGGCAGUGAUAAUCUCUAAGGGAGUACCACAGCUAGCUAUCUGCUUGUCAGAAGAGCCAGAAGAUCAUAUUAAGGCUGCAGCUGCUUGGUCAUUGGGACAGAUUGGGAGACAUACUCCAGAACAUGCCCGUGCUGUUGCUGUAGCUGGUGUCUUACCUGUAUUGCUUUCCCUGUAUAUGGCAACUGAAAGUUCAGAAGAUCUUCAGGUCAAAGCUAAGAAAGCCUUGAAGAAUAUUUUACAGAAGUGUACUCAUCUGUCAGCUCUUGAGCCCUUGCUACAUGAUGCUCCCCCCAAUAUCCUGAAACACAUAGUUGGCCAGUUCAGCAAGGUUCUGCCACAUGAUUCCAAAGCCCGGCGUCUUUUUGUAACAAGUGGUGGUCUUAAAAAAGUUCAGGAGAUAAAAUCAGAAGCUGGCUCACUACUUCAAGAGUAUAUCAACACAAUUAAUAAUUGUUAUCCAGAAGAAAUAGUCAGAUAUUACUCCCCUGGAUAUUCUGAAGCACUUCUGGAAAGGGUAGAAAAUUAUCACCCAGUUCUAUAAUUUUUUUCAUCUCUAUAAGAAAGAGAGAAAGAAAACCCUCUUUUUCUUAUCUUUGUUUUGAGUGGCAAGCAAAUAUAGUUUGGCCAAGACUGGUGUGGGAAAUAUUUAACCUUCUGUUAUGUUACCGAUCAAUUAUGACAACAGGAAGACAUACCCUUUCCACCUUUGAUCCCCAGUUGACUUCUGGAACUCAUGCUAAGAACAAAGACUAUUAUAUGCCUAUUUUAAGAGAACUGUGUUUCUCAGUACCUUUGCAAGUCCAAGUAGAGGGAGGCCAGGACUAUUUCUGGAUGCACCUGAGAUUUUGCUAAAUAGCUUGCACCAUCAAAUUCUUCUUCUUUGAGAGAGAAUUACAACAUUAUCCAGUAAGCAUCAGAGUUGUUCUUUUUGCUAGGGCUUGUAGUUCAGUCUAAGCAGAAAUUACCUAUUAUUCUUGUACUUCCACUUUCUUGAUUAUUUCCCCCCACUAUUGUCUCUCUCCUGGUACUUGCAGUAAACCAAUGAAUGUUUGACCUUUUAAGAACCA